UACAUUUCUUAACACUUUAGCAGUCGAUCCAUCUCGCCCCGCUAAACUUACCGAUGGUGAUAAAAUAAAAUUCGGCGAAUUAACCUCCAUCGAAGUCAAAAUUGAAGCAAUGAAAGUUGAUUCAGUUGAAGAAGUUGAGAUGAAGUGUAAAAAUACCCGGCGAAAUGCUAGGCGUAAGGAAUUGGGGGUUAUAUAUGAAAAUUGCCCCCAAUUAGGGUUUGGAAAUGGUGGAAUUGAGAAUGUGGGUGUGGGUGUGGGUGUGGGUUCUAAAAGAACGACGAGGAGUUCUAAGAGUGCAGAAAAUGAGAAUUUAACUGUAAUUGAAGUUGAGAAAGGGAGGAAAGCGAAUCCGAGGAGGACUAGGGGUUCUAAGAAAGAGGAGAGUGAGAAAAAUAUGGUUGAUAGUGUGAAGGAAGCUGAGAAUUUUACUGUAGUUGAUGUUGAAAGAGAAACAAAACGGGGUACACGGAGUAGGAAAGUGGAGAGUGUUAAAGAUGGGGAUGAUGAUGUGGAGGAAACUGAGAAUCUUGCUUUAGUUGAUGUUGGAAGAGAGACUAAAUGGGGUACGAAGAGGACAAGGGGUUCUAAGAAAGUGGAGAGUGUCAAAGAUGUGGAUGAUGGUGUGGAGAAAAGUCAGAGGCUUGCCGUGGUUGAUGCAGAGCAAGAGAGUAAACGGUGUACGAGGAGAACGAGGGGUUCUAGGAAAGUUGAAAGUGUUAAAAAUGUGGAUGAUGGUGUCGAGGAAACUGAGAGUCUUGCUUUAGUUGAUGCAAAGCAAGAGAGGAAGCCGAGUCCGAGGAGGACUAGGGGUUCUAGGAAAGUGGUAAGUGUUAAAAAUGUGGAUGAUGUUGUGGAGGACGCUAAGAAUUCUGUAGCAAUUGAUGUUGAGAAAGAGAAGAAAGUGUAUGUAAGGAGGACUAGAUGUUCAAGGAAGGAAAAAGAUGCAGAAAAUAUCCAUGAAAAUGCAGGUGGAAACAUGGAAUUGAAGCAACUUGAGAAAGGGAAGGGAAGUGCCGCAAGAAGGGAGUGUUUGGAGGAAGAGGGGGUGAUGGAGAGGUUGGAAAGAAACCAAAAAGGUCGUGAAGAAGCAGUAGAUAACAAUGCCGACGAGGAAGUAGAAAGAAAUGUGAUUGAUGAGGCGGCCGUGAAAUUUGGAAGGGAGGGUUGCAAGGUGUCAGUUAAUAAUACUGGUGUAAGUAUGAGUGAAGUCCAAGAGGAGAAGGAGGUGGAUUUAGAGAAAAUGACACUUGGAGAGUGGUUUGAUUAUUUGGAGGUUCAUUUGCCAAAACAAAUAAUUGACGCCACUGAGGAGAUGAUUUUAGAUAUGAAACAGAAAACAGAGAAGUUUCAGGAGUUCAUGUUGCAGCACAAGAAUGCAAAGGGUUGUGAUGGAAUACCAGAGGGUUAGACCGAGGACCCAGUAGGGAGCUUUACAUUCUUAGGUCGUUCCACAUAGCUAUGAAAAAAUUAAAUCACUUUCCUCUAUGUGAAGGUGGUUUCAGAAGAGGAUGUUUUUGGGAAGAAAAGUUGACAUGCUUGGAUGGAGCCUGAGAUUCAACGGCAUAAAAGUUAGAACCAGUUUUAAUAGAAGAUGUUCAACCUCAGAUGAGACAGUUGAAGGCCGGAGGAGGAAGCGCAAUACUGCUAAAGAAAAGUGUCCUACAAAUUGAAGGGAGCAAGAUGUUAUAGCAAUACAUGCUCUGGCAGAUGGCAGUGCGCUUACUGUUUCACCUGGGAUGAUGCUUCUGAUUCAAAAAUUGUUUCAGCUGACCUUGAUUUCGGUUUCUCUAGCAUCUUUCUCAACUUUGACAUAGCAGAUUGUAACAUGAGUAUUAAUGCUAGAGAAGAAUGAUGGGGCUUGGAGUUAUUAUCAGUUUUUUGUAAAUACUUUCUACUGCAUUAGUUGUGCACGCUUGUGUAUUGGACAUGACAAAUGAAGCAUAACAGUAAUGACUGCAUGGUUUGGAAUU